CUCUCCGUUUGGUCGGGCGCAGUGAGGAAAAGACAUUUCCUAAUAAGGAAAGGGUGUGCUUUCGGACACACUUCCGGGUAGGCGGAGAGUUUGAUGAAAAGUCUUGUUUUGGAAAUACUUCUAAACAUUUUUUAAACGAACAAUGUCAAAAUCUUUGAAGAAGAUCGUGGAGGAAAGUCGGGACAGGAGCCUUCCUGAGGUAGAAAUGUGCGACAGGGGGAUCUCGAACAUGCUGGACAUCCCAGGCCUGUUCACUCUAUCUCACAUCACUCAGUUGGUCCUCAGUCACAACAAGCUCACAGCUGUGCCUCCUAACAUCUCAGAACUGAAGAAUCUGGAAGUUCUGAACUUGUUCAACAACCAGAUUGAAGAGCUCCCGACUCAGAUCAGUAGUCUUCAGAAGCUGAAACACCUCAAUCUUGGGAUGAAUCGUCUAAGUGGCUUGCCCAGAGGAUUUGGAUCUCUUCCUGCUCUCGAGGUGUUGGACUUAACCUACAACAACCUGAACCAGAACUCUGGUUCUCUGCCUGGAAACUUCUUCUAUCUAACCACUCUUAGAGCGCUGUAUUUGAGCGACAACGACUUUGAAUUACUUCCUCCUGACAUUGGGAAGCUGACAAAACUGCAAAUCCUGAGUCUCCGAGAUAAUGAUCUGGUCUCGUUACCUAGGGAGAUUGGUGACUUGGCUCAACUCAAAGAGCUUCACAUCCAGGGCAACAGACUGACUGUUCUGCCUCCUGAACUUGGUAACCUGGAUUUAACUGGGCCUAAGCAAGUGUUCAAAGCAGAGAACAAUCCAUGGGUCACUCCCAUCGCAGACCAGUUCCAACUUGGUGUUUCCCAUGUUUUUGAAUAUGUUCGUUCAGAGACCUAUAAGUAUCUCUAUGGUAGACACAUGCAGGCUAACCCAGAGCCUCCGAAGAAGAGCAGUGAUAAGAGCAGGAAGAUCAGCCGCAAACCACUGGCUGCCAAGAACAAAUGAAGAGGAAAUUGAGCAUGGAGAUGAGCCUUCACCUAUCAGCCAAACUGUCUGCUUGUCAUCUUCCUGUUACUUAACAAGUUAGGAUGUUUUUGCAUGUCCUGUUUUCAAUCUUCAAUGGUCUUUGCGCAUUUUUGUUUCUUUUUGCUUUAUGUGCUAAUGAAGUAAGCUUACAUACAUAAAGGGAAUUUUACAUUUUUAACACUUUGUGGAAAAAAUAUCUUGCUUUUGAAGAGCUCUAUGCCAAAUGAAAAAGACACGUUGCUUAAAAAUACUUGUGGAAGACAGCUGCUAAAUGACUCUACACACUAUUAUCACUUCUGCACUUUGCCAUAAAUGAAAAUGAAGACUCUACAGUAUUAAAAUCUGAAAGAUCCCGGUUAACAGCUGUGUAUCCUCACAGAUCUUAAAUCGUUAUUUUAAUCUGUGUUGUCUGUCUGCCGGUUUUUCCAGUUCAUUACAAUCCUGUUACUUCUUAUUAGCAGCCAGAGUGAAACACCAAGAAAAUCUGAGGUUUAGAAUCCAAAUUAGACUUAAAUUAGAGAUGAGAGAUGAUGCUUCUCCUAGUUCCUUUGUCCAGUUUAAACAGGUAUGGUAUAACAUCUGCUUUGCUUGGUUUCUUAAGCACAUGCUUCACAAUAUGCUGCAUGAUCAUGUUCAAGUACAUAAUCAUGUACUUUUAAAGUAAAGUCUGAAAGUCUUUACUUUAAAAGCUCCUAGACGUCUAACAUGUUGUAAAAGAAAAGACUGAAGUGUUUAAAAUAUUUACCUGUUAUUUCGCUCUUAGUUUUCAUUUGCUUCUCAAAUUUGAAAUUUCUCUUACUUUUUACUUUUAUUACAAAUAUUAUGUUGCCAGCUAGUAAUAAUCACCAGCCUUGUUUUCAUAUUUAUGUGUCUUUUCAACCAGUAGUGGCAGGUUUUGUAGAGCAACCACAGAUAACAUGAAAUACGAAGAAAACACAAAUAUUAACCUACUUAUUUUUUAUAUACAUAUAUAAACACAUGAAUUCAUAAUAAUACCUUAAAGCUUUAUGUAAUGAUCUUAGUACAUAUAAUUUUUUCAUAUUUUGUCCUAAAUGAGAUGCGGGGCCUUGAAUGUGAGACCCCAGUGAUGUCUACCGCUGGGUUUUUUCAUUGAGCUCGGAUUUUCUGAAGAGUUUCAGACCUUCAUGACUGGAAACUAAUGAAGCUGAUGAACUCUCACUGCAUCCAUUCCACUGUGCUCACAGAAUCCCUUUGAUUCUUCUCAUUUUUACCUCUGUGCCUUCAGAUAUAUUUCAUUUUAUAUUUAAUGCUUAAUCAGUGGUUAGAACAUUUUUGCUUUUUGCCACAAAUAAGUUGAAAAAAUUCCAUAUUUUGCUCUUGUCAAUAAACGUUUUGAGAAAUUGA